AUGGAGGAUGAUGACAGACUGAAGGACAGUUUAAGGCUCCAGUUCCAAGCUCUGCAAAAACAGCAGGAGAAGCGUCUCCUUAGACAAUUAAGUAAAAAGAAGGAGAACGAACCGAAGAAGCUUCUUGCCAGUGUGACUCAGAAGACAUUUAAAACAGAUGAUGAUUUGAACUUGUCAGAGGAAGGAAACAUACUGCUGCAGCAUGAAAAUCAUCAGCUGCUUGACCAGGUUAGAGAGCUAAGGGAUGAAAAUGGUCGUCUCUUCAAACUUCUAAGUGAAAAGGACUUUGAGAUUAACCACCUGAAGAAAAAGAGAGAGGAGGAAAGACUGGCAUUAGCAGGCACAUCUGGCAUGGCAGGGGAUGCAGCAGCCACCAAAAUCGUGGAGAUUUCCAGGAGGAAUAGGGAGUUAACUUCUGAAGUUGAACGAGAAAAGAUUAAGUCCAAGCAAAUCAGCAACAGAGUCAAAGAGCUCGAGAAAGAGUUACAGGCUGCUUCAUCAAAUGCUCCACCCGAGUGCAAGAUUGAAACUAAUGCCCAGGAUAUGAGCUCAUCUGAAGGCUGUGAGAACUGUCGAGAGAUGAAAGCUCUGCAAGAAAGAUUCGCUGCUGCCAAGCUCAAAAUGACAGAAUAUCGCAACCAGAUUCAAGCUGUUAAACAGGAAUUGAAGGUGGCUCACAAGGUAUUGAUCAGUGAGAUUGGAGAAGACAUUAACCUUCAGCAAUUACUAAACUGCCCAAAGAGCUAUAGGGGGCGCGCUCAGCAGAUUUUAGCUCUUCAGACAAGGGUACGGGAACUUGAGCAGCAUCUGGACCAGUCAGCUCAACAGAGAGAGCCAAGUGUCCUGAGCGUGGAUGAGGAGACACAGGGAGUCAGGGUUCUUCAGAAAACACCACCUCAAGACAGGAAUCUCAGCCACAUACGUACCAUUGAGAAGCAGAAGAGGGAGGCAUUUGAGAGAAUCACAGCUGAUCACGAGAGCCUCCUAAAAGAACAUGAGGACGUGAUGAAGAAGCUGGAGGGCAGCAAGGCAAGAAACAAAUCCCUGAGUGCUGAAAUAAAAACCCUGAAGGUCCAGAUCUCCACCCUCCUGGAGAAGGGUAAACAUGACGAUGAGCUCGUGGAUGCCCUACUGAAGCAGCAGAGCCAGCUGCAGGGUGUGUUGAGCCGGCUCAGCCAACAGCAAGAUGUGUGGCGCAAGGCUGCCCCCGAGAACCCAGCACAGCAGCUGAGCAGUGAGCCCUCCAGACACAGCAGCCUGGUCCAGAAGCUCAAGCAGAUGGUUUAUGAGAAGGAGGCCAAGGUCAAAGAAUUAGAGAAGGAGAUCCGGCAGCUUACUGUGAUGAAAGAAGAUGGGGCCAGUCAGUUUAGAUUCAACACAAACAUUUGCACUUCCAGAUCCUCCACAGAAGAGGGAGACAAUGACAAGAGAAUGUCCUCUGCAUGUUCAGUUCCUAGACUUGGCCACAAACUGGUGUUGGCUGACGUGGGAUGUAGUGUGGAGAACAGGAAUUUGGGGUAUUUGAAAGGCUCCCAUUGUUCAGAUGUCAUGUGCAAUCUGAUGUCUCACUGCACUGAAUACAAGAGCCUCUACCAGACUGCAAGUGUGAUGGAAAAAGACAGACUCCAAGAGCUAGUCAAGGUCCUUCAGGCAAGAGAGACGGAGGCGAAUCAGAGGUGUGCGCAGGCAGAACAGAAAUCCCAGGAGGAGCGGCGCAGGGCAGCGAUCCUGGAACAGCAGCUGGAGAAAGCGAAGCUAAAUUUAGAGAACGGGAUGACUGAAAGGACGGACUCUGGAUUGUGCACGCAGCAAGAAGAGAACUGGUAUGCCCAAAGGCUAAAUGAUAGCAUGUUUUGA